GUUUCCUAAUGCAACCAGAGCCUGGAGAAAAGGGAACUGCACUGGGCCUGGCCGUGUGAAGAGUUAAGGAGCGAGUGGUGAGCGCAGGAAGGCGUUGCUCUGUGGUUGUGGGGCGUCUUGCUGAGUCAAUUGCAGAACCCAGCCCCAGCUCACACCGGACAGUGCGUCUCCGCCGAACAGCCAGAUCGGAGCGAUCGCCGCUGCCUUUGCAAUCCCAGCCCCAGCGAGGCAGCAAUUGGACUCGUGCGGGGGCUUCUUGGCUUGACCCCGCUGGCCAGGAUGAAGAUGUGGCUCAUGGCCAGCCUGCUGCUGCUCCUCAGGGCUGAAGGCGCAGAGGCGCUGGCUGAACCUGAGUUGUGCUACGUUCUGGACGCCGUCUUGUUCACCUAUGGCAUCAUCCUCACAGUGCUCUACUGCCGCCUGAAGCUCCGGGUUCGAAAAGCAUCAAAAGCCGUCCCCAGCGCAGCCUAUAGCUGGGUUUAUGCCUUCCCCCUCCGGGGCACCUUUCGCCAGCAUUAAAAGCACACACACAUAUAAAAAGACAAGAGCAAAGCUGGAGGGGGCAAAGCCCUGGAGGAGUUGCUGUAGAGUGUCCCAUGCUGGCUGGUGCAUGGGCCAGGUAGGAUAUUUCUCUCCUCCUCUCACCUGAGCAAGGUGAAACAGAGCCUGGAGUGGAAACCCUUGAGCAUUUUGCAAACCCUCGUUUCCAUCCCCUUGGGCUGGUGAACGUGGCUCAUGGUGCCCGGUGCCCACCUGCCUAGGCAUUCCCCAUUCUCAGACUGGAAGUGGUUUGUAAACCUUCAGCUAAUGUGGUCGUGUCCCUGGUUUGAACCAGCCACCCUGAUGUGUCUGAAGGCAGGUUGUGCUCAGGGUGUCUCCCUCUCUUUGGAAGCCGGGAAGUUUCCUGAGAAAUCCGGCCAGAGAUUUGGGACUCCUAUCCCCCCGGAGAAGAAUCUAAGCUUUUGGAGAAGCCACCAAGUGGUUCCAAACAUCCUGAGGCUUGGGUGCCCCUGGCUGCAAAAUGAGCCCCAGCCUGAUUGGGGAAGCUGCUGAUGCUGGCUGUUUGAGCUAAGAAGAUAGCGCAGGCACUGGAAUAGAGCACGCACAGCAGUAGCCACCCUAUUAGCUGUGUGAGAAUAAACCACCUAGUACCAUGCGCACCCCAUACCAAAGGAAAUGGAGAGGCCUCCUGGAAUGGGCAGUGUGGAGGGUUUAUAGCAAACAUUUCAUGCAAGACAAAGCUGAUUUCCUUUUGCAUGCAAGUAUGAAUUUCCUGGGUCAAGAGAAUGCAGCAGAGGAUGGAUUUCAGUGCAGUGUUUGACACAUCCUCUGUCAAAAUCUUCCUUGAAAAGGCCAGGUAAACUGGCAUGGAGGUGGCACUGUCACGUGGACUGAAAACUGGCUAAAGGGGUUAAAACAGGCACAUGAUUAAAAGCAAUGGGCUGGGGGAGGAGGCAGGGAUCAGUGCUAUUUAAUACCGUAAUGGUCCAGAGGAAGAGGGCAAAGGGCACAGGACUGCGAUGCAUAUUGAUACUAAGUGGGGAGCAACUGUGAGGCCACAGGAGGCAGAAGAAAAAUAGUGCAGACCUCCUGGGCUGGGAGAGAAUCACCCAACGCUCAGAUAGCGUGAGUGAGAGAACGCAGGGGAGCUGCCCUGCUGUGGGGUGCCCGCCAGGGGGGUGCAGACGGGAGCUUGCAAUGCUGGCAUGAUUUUGAGCUGUGAGGCAGGAGGCACAGCUGGGAGGCGAUAUGUUCUUUCAUGACCAGUGGCGAGAGCAACCCCUCAAUAUACGAUAUGGCAUUGUACGCACCUCGGUGUCAUGGAGAUCCUGGCAAAGAGGCUCGUUCGAAGAGGAGUGGGGCCUGGAAGCAUUAAUGGCUGAGUGCGGCUGAGCGAACUCCAUCUGUCCAGUGUGGCUAGUGAGGGGCAGGGGAACAAACGACAGGUGAA